AUGCUCGCCCGGCCGACGAGGCCAUGUUGCCGCGCCGCGCCGUACGCCGCUGCGCUCCUGUGCACGUCCGCGGGCCGCCGCCCUCCGAGAGGGAGGCACGACCCGACCGCGCGCCGGCCGACGAGCGUGUGCGACCCGUAUGAGAACAACGGCAAGCCGCUCUCGCAGGAGCAGUGCGCGAAGCUGCUGCCGAGCGUGAGCGACUCGUGGGCGCUCGUCGACGAUGGCACGGCCCUCAUGCGCGAGAUCGAGGUCGCCGACUUUGUGCAGGGCUCCAGGCUCGUCUCGACGCUCGCAGCAGUGGCCUUCAACAACAACCACUACCCAGUGCUGACGCUCGAGCGGCGGCUGAGCGAGAGGCGGCGCUGGCAGGAGCUGGUGGUGGUACGGUGCCAAACGACGGUGCUGGGUGGGCUCAGCUACCAAGACUUCACGCUCGCCAUGCUGAUGGACGUCGAGCUUGGAAGGGAUAGAGAGUGGUAA